AUGUCGAACUCUGCAAAAUCUACUCCAAUCAAGAUCGACGCUACUCAGCCUACAAUGGGAGGAGAUUCUAUCGUCGUAAACGCCAUUCCUAUCUCAAGUAUACCACCUUUAAGUCCUGCGAAAAAGGUGAAGAAGACCUCGAAGAAGGAGAAGACACCGCGUGUAAGCUUCAACUCUUCAUCUCCCUCUACUUCAACUAAGAAAGCGAAGAAGAAGAGCAAGAAAUCAGAAUCUGAAUCGAGGAGGACUUUUACAAUGUCUGAACUACAUGUUGAUCCAUUGCCAUCGAGUGAUGUUGCUGCUCCUGUCGUUAAUCCUGCAGAGGAUAAUGUUAUCGCAUCUGGUAAGAAUUCUCUUAAUCUAGGCCUUGAUGUUCCCAAUUCUGUUGAAACCCUAGAUGUAGAGAACCCUACUGUGUCUGAAGAUUUGGGGAAAAGUCUUCCUAACUCCCCUAUUGCUGUUGAUACUAAUAUUGGUGGUUCUACUGAGACCAAUGAUGAUGUUGCUGCUGAGUCUCUCAAGAAAACAGAGAUUGCUGCUGAUAAGGAUGUUAAUGAAAAUCCUGAAGUUAUAAUUGUCAAUGAAACAACUGUUAGUGAUAAGUCAGUUCCUACAAACUCUGAGGCUAGUGUGGUUAGAAGGACUAAAAGUAGGGCUGGUAAAGUUACUGAAUUCUUGAUUAAUGUGGCUGACAAUUGUAAUGAUCCAACAAGUCCUGAAUAUAGGCAAGUUUUUGUUCGUGGAACAUGUGUCAAAUUCUCACCAACUGUGAUUAACCAAUAUCUGCAAAGAAACUCUGAUGAGGUGGCUGCUCUAAAGGUCACAGACAAUGAGGUCUGCAAGGUCCUCACAGGUGGCAGGAUAAAGGCAAAAUUUGAUUAUGGGUCCUAUUUCUUUCAAGAAACUUUAAGCCAUGCUUUGACCUAUGCUGUUGAGAAGCCAGUUGCUCUUCCCACUCUGUUAUGCAAUAUAAUCCUUGAACAACAUCCAGAUAUUUUGAGAAACACUGAUGUUCCUUGUAAAAGGAAAGGGAUGUUGGCCAUUGAGCAAAGGCUGCUUGAAGGGACAAAUGUUGCAGCAGGUGUUGGCACAUCUGUCCAAGCUGGGGUACUCUCAAGGAAGCAGAUGAUUACAGACUUGACUGAGGCUAGCAGAGCACUUGAGGCCAGAAAACUGAAAAUAGAUCGUGUGAUUGAGGCCCUCAAGGCUGAUGAAGCUGCUGAGACUGCUGAGGGUGAGCCUGAUGGACAAGAAGGUGAGGAAACUAGUGGCUCUGAUGAUGACACUGAGGAUUUGGAGGAGGACUCUGAUGAAAGUUCUUCUAUAUGA